AGAGAGUUGACAGUUGAUUUAGCUAGCUACUGAAGAGAGUUGACAGUUGAUUUAGCUAGCUACUGUAGGGAGUUGACAGUUGAUUUAGCUAGCUACUGUAGGGAGUUGACAGUUGAUAAUGGUGCUGACACUUUGCAAACCUUUUCAACAUGAACUACAGGAUUUCAGCGGUCAGAUCAUUUUGCUUGUAGCUAUUCUAGGUUGAAAGCCACUAAAACUAUCUUUGCAGACACUUAGGUCAAAUGUAAUGUUCAGCACUCUUUAUGCAACCGUUGCAAACCUUUUUGAUUUGUUUCCUUGUUUGACAGACGGCAUGGCGGAACAACACGCCCCCUUCGUGGCCAUGGAUGCGGUGCUGAUGCCCAGCACGGCCCUCCCAGACGACAUGCCCCGUAUCAAGGGCUAUGACUUCAACCAGGGAGUGGACCACCAUGCACUGCUCCAGUCCUUCCUCACCACAGGCUUCCAGGCUAGCAGUGUGGCCCAUGCCAUACAGGAGAUCAACAGGAUGAUUGAGAAGCGUCUGGAGCCGCUGGAGGAAGAGGAAGGAUGCGGCUCCUCCCUUUCCCAUUCGGGCUGUACCAUCUUCCUGGGGUACACCUCCAACCUCAUCAGCUCUGGAGUGAGGGAGUCCAUCCGCUACCUGGCACAGCACAAAAUGGUGGACGUGAUAGUGACUACAGCGGGGGGAAUCGAGGAGGAUUUCAUCAAGUGUCUGGCCCCCACCUACCUGGGGGAGUUCAGCCUGUCUGGCAAGGAGCUGAGACAGAGAGGCAUCAACAGGAUAGGUAACCUCCUGGUACCUAAUGAUAACUACUGUAAGUUUGAGGACUGGCUGAUGCCCAUUCUGGACCAGAUGGUGCAGGAGCAGAAAGAUGAGGGCACCCACUGGACCCCGUCCAAGAUGAUCCACCGUCUGGGCAAAGAGAUCAACAACCCAGAGUCUGUCUACUACUGGGCCUAUAAGAAUGACAUCCCAGUGUUCAGCCCUGCUCUGACAGAUGGAUCCAUUGGGGACAUGAUCUAUUUCCACUCAUAUAAAAACCCUGGGCUGGUGCUGGAUAUAGUAGAUGAUAUCCGCAGGUUGAACAGCAAGGCAGUGUUUGCAAAACGGACAGGGAUGAUUAUUCUGGGUGGGGGCCUGGUCAAACACCAUAUAGCCAAUGCCAAUCUGAUGAGGAAUGGAGCGGACUAUGCAGUGUUUGUGAACACUGGGCAGGAGUUUGAUGGUUCCGACUCAGGGGCCAGGCCUGAUGAGGCAGUGUCUUGGGGGAAGAUCCGCAUGGAUGCCAAGCCAGUCAAGGUGUACGCUGAUGCUUCCAUAGUCUUCCCACUGCUGGUAGCUGAGACGUUUGCCCACCAUGCUGACAAGCUGAUUCCUGACAAGAAAGAAUAACCAAACUAACCAAGGUGUUCCCACUCCACACUUAAAGGAAUAAUCCACAAAAAAACACUUGUUUUUUGUUUCAUUAGUCAACUGUUGAUACAGCCCCAAAAUGUUUUGCAUGUCAGCAAUCAAGUUUUCAAGAUAUAGAACUUUCAAAGGGUUGAUUCACUUGCCACAUCAUGAUAAUGCAUCAUAUAACAGUGAUCUGUCUCUGUCUAUUUUUAGACAUGAUGUUCUGUUUACGGACUUCUCUCUCUCCAUUAUUUCAGAAAUAAGUAUUUGCUACGGGGUACAUUUAGCGUAGCGUAAGUGUUUUUGUUGUUGAAUGACGUGAAUUGCCAUGUACCAAUGAGUUGUGUGUGUAUGCGUGCAUACUGGCACGUUUGAGAAUGACAUUGCUGAGUGAGACAUUACUAUAUGGUAAACUUAUAAGAUAUGUUAUUUUUUUAGUUAGUUAGAGGGUCUCUUUAGGGGAGCAUGCACUGUUAUUCAAAGAAAUGCUUACUGAGGUGAAAUGUAUUUAUUUAUUACCUAGUACCUACUCAUGUAUAUCUGAGUAAAUGAAUAAAAACAACCUCAGAAUGUUUCCAUUA